AGACUUAGUAAAAGAAAUAGAAGAAACAUAUGCUAUGGAAGUAGCACCAACCCUAAACAUGAGUAAAGAAGAAUUCUAUCAAAUGCAAGAAUUCGAAAAACAGAUAAUAAUGCAAAAAUUAAUAGAAUCCAUAGAAUAUUGCCAAGAACCAGCGGUAAGAGAACAAAUGCGACAAAAAUAUCGAGAACUAUUGGGAGUAGAAUUAGAAUCACUAGGACAAAUGCAUGAUACAGAAGAUAUAGAAAAUAAAAUGUUUAAAGAACAACAAGAAAAAAGACAAAAACCAAAACCAGAAAUAUUCCCACCAUCAAAAUCAUACCAUGAAUAUUAUAAACCACAUGAAGACGACGACUUUCCAAGAAGUCCACCACCAAUAAUACCGAUAUCACCAACAGAUUCCACUAAAAGUAAUGAUGAAAAUGAAGAAGACCAAUGGAUCUUAAAAGACAGAUAUAGUGAAAAUAGAACAGAAUCAUGGAUAAACCAACAAAAACAACGCUCAAGACCAAACUCAUCAAAUAAUUGGUUACUACCAAAUAUUCCAUCAAUAAAAGAACUAUUCUCACGAAGAGGGUCACAACAAUCAACAUUAUCAAUACCAAAUAAAUCAUCACCAUUAAGGCAAGAAGUCCAUCCUGAAAAUAUAUCAGAACAUGAAAGUUUAUAUAGCGAUCAAGACCAUAGGGAAGAAAUAAUAACAACACACAAAAGAACUAGAUCAUAUGAUUCACAAAUAUCGUACCCAACAUCAGAUAACCCAAGACUAACAGAAUGGAGAAAACAAAAUAAA